GCAGCAAAUGAUUGAAGUGAAGUGAGUGGAAGAAGUAGGGCAAUCAAAAGUUCGCCAUUUUUACUUUUAGUGAAGGGAGAUUUUAUAUUUUGUCAGGCUGGAGGACGAGGAUAAUUUUCUAAGUGUGUCAUUGUAUUUAUUUCUCGUAGAAGAGACUAUUAUUUGAGAAAAUCUUAGUAUAAUAGUGUGGUUUUAUUUAUUACUAACGUUUUGUAUGUAGUGCUACUUCCCGUCGUAAGAUUGCUCGUUGGUGUGUCGCUUUAGCUAAUUCGAUGGCUAUGAUACUGGAAUUGUAAUCUAACGUGUCGCUUAGACAUUCUGCACACGGGAUAAUAUCGAGAAAGUGAGGCGACGCCGUCAGAAAUGAGCAGGCCUCAGGGCGGACGCAUACAAGUCCCGGAUGACCUUAGAGAGAUCUUACUGGAGUUCACCAUAAGCUACCUCCUGGAGCAGCCCGGCGACGUGAUCAACUACGCGGUCGAGUUCUUCACACGGUUACAGAACAACAGGACCACUACCAUCGUGCGGGGCCCCACCGCCGGCACGCCCGAUGAGUCCAUAAUAUCAGAUGAAGAAGAGCCGCCGGUGGCGCGCUUCAACAACCGGCGCAAGUCUGUGUUCGCGGAGACUUAUGACCCGGAGGAAGAUGACUCGGACGAGGGGGCUCCAAUCGUGUUCCCCAAGUCGGAUGCGCAGCGGACGAGGCUGGCAGAGGCAGUUCGCAGCAUACUACUCUUCCGUGCCAUCGACGUGCAACAGAUGCAGCAGGUCCUAGAUGCGAUGUUCGAGAAGCGCGCGGAGCCGGGCGAGUACAUAAUUCGGCAGGGCGACGACGGCGACAACUUCUACGUCAUCGAGAACGGCAUCUUCGACGUGCUCGUCACCGGCGACGAUGGGAUCGAGAAGGUGGUGCACACGUACGAAGGAUCAGGCUCGUUCGGCGAGCUGGCGCUGAUGUACAACAUGCCUCGCGCGGCGUCGGUGCGCGCGCAGACGCCGGGCGCGCUCUGGGCCAUGGACCGCCACACCUUCCGCCGCAUCCUGCUCAAGAGCGCCUUCAAGAAGCGCAAGCUGUACGAGGAGCUGCUCGACAAAGUGCCCAUGCUGAAGGCGCUGCAGCCUUACGAGCGCGCGAACCUCGCGGACGCGCUGAUCCCGCGGCAGCUGAUCGACGGCGAGCUGAUCAUCCGGCAGGGCGACAUGGCCGACGGCAUGUACUUCGUAGAGGACGGCUCCAUCUCCAUCCGCAUCACGCGCGACGACGGCAACGAGCACGAGAUCAAACGCCUCGCUAAGGGCGGGUACUUCGGUGAGCUGGCGCUGGUAACGCACAAGCCGCGCGCCGCCUCCGCGUACGCUGUCGGACCCACCCGGGUGGCAUUCCUGGACGUGGAGACAUUCGAGCGGCUGCUGGGCCCGUGCAUGGAGAUCAUGAAGCGCAACAUCGACGACUACGAGGAGCAGCUGGUGAAGCUGUUCGGGGACAAGAGCAACCUCACCGACGUGCGAUGAACGACAACGUCGCACGCAAGCAACGCGGGCCGUUGUUUCCCUUCCACGCACCGUAAUCUAUGCUCUUUGGUUUACUCUCUCGUGUCUGCGAACGAACUGGCAACGUCGCCUUUAGCGUCUGAAUUUAUUUAUAUAUUAUUGGUUUGUAGAAGCGAUUUUAUUUCAACAAAGGUUUAUAAUUUUACAUUUGGAACCCUUUUACUUAGUAUGGAGUUUUAGCUGAACAACGCGACGUUGCCAGCUCGUUUUUGUUCAUGUUUUGUGUUCUUAAUGAGACGCGUAAGUCGAGAUUGUGCUAUGACGUUUUUUAGAGAGAACGAAAUUACUCUCGAUCAGGGAAUUUCCGACAAUAUAACCAGAUGAAAACCUAAAAUACGGAACGUAUUCUAUUCGUUCCGGUGUGUUAAUGAGAGAACUCUUAAAUUCUACAAGUGGAAAUUGAAGGAAACAAAAUUACCAAAGAGAAGCGCAAUCUCGACUUCAAGGGCCGUCGGUUUUAUGCUCAUGUUAAGCAAUUGCUAACUACAACUCAUAAAUUAUAUAACGUUAUUUACCUACGCUUCACUUACCCGCUACUAAUGACCGGACAAAGUACAUUUAUUUAUAUAAAGAAUUAUCUAGAAACAAAACUGUGCCAUGUUGACGUUAUGUUCACCUAUAAUUGUAAAAUAAUUAUUUCGAUUACGCGUUGGAAGGCGAAAUGAUGACAGUAGACGAGGGCUCAAUAAUAUUGCAUUGGUACAAAAAAUACGCUUAUUUUAGAUAGUGAAAUGCCUUAGUAGCUAUGUAAAUAUAAGAUACCUGACGGAGAUGUGUGUCACCGGCGGUCGUGGACGCGGGUUCGACUGCCAGGGUACUAUGUAUGCCUUCUCUCUCUCGCGGCUCAUUGAAGAGGAAGAAAACAUACGCACAGUUUCAAAAGACUUAAAAAGUUGAGCUCACUUUAUGUGCCAUAAUGGAAAUUUAUAAUUUAUUUUACGUAAGUCGUAUAUUUGUUUAAUAGGGCUGGCCAACGGCCCAUUUUUACGAAACCGUUCACACAGGUCUACUGUGAGAGCAUAUUUAUGUGCAAUAUAAUUUAAUAAUGAUCGAAGGCCCGGUAGCGACCCGGGCGCGUGACGCUUUGAACGCUGUCGCCUGCGACCGCCGGCCGUUGUGAAGGGAACAUCUACGAUAGAGAAAUAAAAUAAGACUCUUGGGUUAAAGGCAUUAGUCUUUAAAAUUUACCGUAAAAAAGUGUUUAGUAGUGAAAAGUUGAAACGUGACAAUGCAAUGCUAUUCGGCGCUCUGUCGUGACCACCCCCUGUCAUUCUACUUACUGUAAGACAUUUCACUGACACAAGCUUUCUGAGCGAUACAGAAUUUAUAUACCUUGUAGGUAAUAUAUGUAGUUUUAUUUUAUUCGUGGCUAGAUUAAAUCUACUCACUUCUAUUUUAUUAUUUUAACACGGUUAAUGGAUUCUAUACGAUAUAUGUAUAUGGAGAUAGUAAUGUGCGGAUAAACAGAUAUUGAAUGCCAAAUUAAAUGAUAUGUAGAACAUUUAUUUGUAAUUGUUACAGGACAAUGCGAAUUUACAAGUGUCAUUUGGGCAUAUUCAAUAGUGAGGGGAGUCGAGAUACAAUCUUACUCGACGUCGGGAAUCGUUUUGCUGUAAAAUCUAUAUAUUUUUAUUUAACUGAAGAAUUUUUAUAUAGAAUUUGUUAAGAAAAGGAAUUGUUUUUGUGUUAACUUUUAUUAAUUUAUGUUUUAAAUAUUUUCUGUUGUAGAGAGUUCCUAUUGUUUUGUUUGGUCUUAACAUUUUAUGUAUUAGAUCUGAGGUGUGUUGACUACUGUUUAUAGCGAACACGUUUAAUGAUCAAACCCGUAGGUUGUUAAUUUAAUGCCCUUUUGUAACGAGUAAAUAUAUCGGUGUACCAAUAGAUCGUCGUUGAUCACGUGUGCAUGCCCGCGAGCACCACUCGGCCCCGCGCGACUGCGGUGGGACCGCCGAUGUCGUUUGACCCUCAGGUAGAUCUUUCCAGUAUUAUUUAAAUUAGAAAAAUCUACAACCCUUAUUUGUGAGUCCAGCCAAAGUAGGUGAAUGCAUAAAGAUCAUGUGUAGCACUAAAAUAUUUAAGUCUAUAUUUACUAUGUAGUAGUUAGUUUUUGUCACUUCUUAUUGUAAUUUAAAUUAAAUAUUAGUAGUUUAGGGAAUCUAAAUGGAGCAUAGUCACAUCCUGAGGGGAGAGGUGUAUUAAUUUAACGCCAUGUGCAAAAAUGUACAAAUUUAUUUCAGCUGCCAUAGAAGAUUUUAACGUUUUAUGUUAUUGAAUUAUUAUCUAAUUGAAUUAAAUGUUAGUAAUUUUAUUUCGAUUGUUAGAUUUGCAGUACUUGAGACUUCCAUUGUCUGGCAGGAUUGACGUUUUAUUGAUUGUGUAGUGUGCUGUUUGCUUUGCCGCUUGUGUUGUGGCCGGCGUCCGGUGUCGGCGUGUGGGAUAACAACGCAUUGGUUCACUUAGCAUUCCUUGUUGCUGAUGAAAUAUAUAUUUUUAACUAUUCUAUUUUUGUUAUAGAAAAGAGAUUUAUUUUUAUCUGUCCAUCAAUUGCGAUAAGAUUCUCACUUCAAGUGCCUAUUUCAUACAGAAACAUCAACCAGGAUACAAUUAGUACUUCUCACUAACCACUUUAAUCUCGUGUUUUUUUUUAUUCUUGAACUGCCUUUUUCUAAGUGAAAUUGUGAAAUGUGUUGUGAGGUAUGUGUUUAGUGCAUCAGGUAAAAUUACUCAUUUGAGUCGCAUACAAAUGUUAUAAUGUAACAGAGUGAGGGAGUCUCCGAGCUUAUCGACUGGGAAUCGUUAAUAGCCAAUCAAACAUAUAAGAUAUCGGCAUAACGACGUAAAACAUUUCAAACCGUUUCAUUUUGUUUUCCAAACCGAUUUCACGUCGAUAAGUUUGGAACUCUAAUACAGUCAAAGAAAAGAGCAAUUCGGCAUAAACACAGGCUCGUAUUUGACUCGUGUAAUAUUUGACAUGGCUCGUAUUUGACAUUUCUUCGACUGUAAAGUGCUCUAAUGCUAACGAUAUAAAUCGUUGUACUAUCAAAUCGACGAUGUUAUACCUAGUAUCUAAGUGCGCUAACUCUGAGAGAAUAUCAAUCUAAGAACUUCCAUUCUUCAAUGUUGGAUUGCUUUUAUGUGUGUGGAAUGUCAUUGCGAAGUUUUCCCUUCUAUGAUACAUAUUACCUCUAUAGACAGGGUGCUGCAUUACCAUCGAGCACAAGUUACACUCGAACUCCAAUUUGAUUCAUCGCCACAUUUCUAUCGACAUAACAAUAUUCACAGUGUCAGUCGAAUGUAUUACAGACGGCCGGCAGUGGUGCAGCACCGUGGUAAUUUGAUAUUCCCGUGUAUAACGUUGUGUUUGUUACAUUGUACAGGUGAGGUGCGUAACGUGUCCACUACUCCACAUUAUUAAUGUCUGUGUGUCCCCGGUGUAUCAAACCCAGUAGUUAAUAGUAUUGUGCAAUAACUUAUGUCAUUAUAUGUCGUCUACAUCAAUAUCAUGUGUUAAAUUUCGUCAGUGUGGAAUUUAUUUAUAGAUUUUAAUAAAAAAUAGAAUAAGAUACAUAUAUUUCUCUUUAUACUGAUGUUUAAUAAAAACAUUCUAAGUAUUCGCAUCAGGGACUACUUAACAAAGCUAUCUUGUAAGGCUAAUAUAGUUUGGAGAAUUGUAACUGACUUGCAAUAUGGUAACGAAAGCACAAAUGUUUGUUUGAAACACGUGAAUUGAUAGAUUUCGAUUCUGUUGUCUUCCAAAUGGGACGCACAGAAGUUCUCAACUAGUUCACAGCGACAUCGCACCUGCGUCAUGCGUCGCUCACUGUCUUCGUUUGUUCUCACCAGUUCGACUGUUUAGUUCAAUCGUCGAACUAAUGAGAUAAAAAAGUGUCACUAGCUCCCUGCAGUUACGUGAAUUACUGCGAAUAUAAAAAUAUUUAAAUGCAGUAGAAUUAGCGUGUCCUUAACGCUCUCACUAGUUCGACAAUUGAACCAUCACUAGUAGAACAUACGCACUAUCUGGCAUUCUGAUGUUAAAUUCAAUACGCUUAUACGUAGCGUAAUUUUUUAUAAAUUACUAGUCAUUGGUGUCUUAACGUAGAUUUGUAACCUGACGGCACUUUGGAAUGGAACAUACUCCAUAUCUUCACAUUCACAUUAGGUGUAAGUUGUCAUGCCAGUUCCAUGAAGUGAAGCAUAUCAGAGCGGACAGCCGCCUCCCAUGUUGUCUAUUAUAUAAUUGCACCACAUAUGUACAUCCGGUAGCCAGUUGAAAACUAGUACCGCUUUACCCACGUCAUGAGCUUACCCUGUACAUUUAUAAAAAUUAUGUAUCGUAAAAUGUUAGAAAACUGAAUUAUAUUUGUUUGUAGAUCUAAA